UGUAUUUCCAGUCCUGGACAUUCUAAGGCUGGCUGUGCGCCACCCGCAGGUCAAUGAGAGCCUGUGCGGUGAGGCGGAGGGCGUCCAGCUGUGCAACCAUCUCCUGAGCCUGAUGAGGCCCGAGGGCCGCGCAGCCAAUCAGAUGCUGGCGCUGCGGAUCCUGUGCAACUGCUUCAGCAGCAGCCACGGCCAAGCCCUCCUCAUGGCCCAGCGCGAAGCCGUCCUGUCGCGGGCGGCCGACUUGGCCGCCGUCUGCAAUAAGAACAUACACAUUGCUCUGGCCACUCUGGUGCUGAACUACGCCGGCUGUCUGCACAACCAACCCGAUCUGGAGGCCAAAGCCCAAUGCCUGUCCGUGGCCAGCCGAGCUCUGGAGACCGUUCAGGACAAGGAAGCUGUGUUUAGGCUGCUGGUCGCGCUGGGAACCACCGUGGCCUCCGACCAAACGGCCCAGGACUUGGCCCGCUCCCUGGGGGUCAAUGCACAAAUUUCCCGGUACUCAUCCGUAUCCGAUCCCUCCAAGCUCGGCGAGUGUUGUCAACUGGUUUUAAAAGAACUGCAAUGACAAUCUUACGGAAAAUCCCUUUCUGACGACGACGAUGAGCUUUUUUGCUGAUCGCUGUUUGGUGGAAACAUUGACCUGUAUGUUUGACAAUAAAUAAAAGGACACCUUCC